AGGAUAAGCAACUGUCGGAUAGACCGAACCGUCACGAAGGGUAGUGCUAUGACCAAAGAAUUCUCCAUCCGUCAGACAGUGAUAGCUCGAAAUUACACUGGUGGUACAAAAUGGGUACUUAGCAUCAUCCGAGCACAACUUGGCCCCCUUUCUUGCGAAGUAGAAAUCAAAUCUGGCUUAAUGUGGCGUCGAUACACAGACCCACUGAGAGACACCAGAAUUCUAGUAACGCCAAGCAGCAAUCCUCUUACCCAGACCUCAGAACUUCCAAUCCAGGUUGAGAGUCGUGGGGCCCUAGUGUCUGAAGCCAGUGAACAGUAG